AUGGAUUUCCUCACCAAUGACAACUAUAUUACCUUGUCGCGUGCGAUAAGGAGGGCUCUCCACAUGAAGAACAAGUUGGGGUUUAUUUCCAGCUCACUUCCUCAACCCACUGACCCAAAUGAUCCUCUUCUUGAUCUAUGGAACUGCUGCAACGAUAUGGUAGCCUCAUGGCUACAAAAUUCCAUUUGCCCUUCUAUCAGAUCCAACAUCGCUUUCCUUGAUGAUGUCAGUGAGAUCUGGCUUGAUCUUAAGGAUCGAUUUGCUCAUCAGAGCGGCCUGCAAAUCUACCAGUUCAAGAAGAACUUAGCUAGCCUUCUCCAAGAAUCUGACACUAUAAGUGUUUAUUACGACAAGCUAAAAACUCUUUGGGAUGAGUUGUUGAUUUAUGAUCCUAUCCCUAUUUGCACUUGUGGUUCAAUGAAAACAUUAUCCGAUCAUUAUCAACGUGAUUGCGUGUUUCAAUUUUUUAUGGGCUUGCACGAUAGUUAUUCCCCUAUUCAGGAUCAAAUUAUGCUGCUCGACCCAUUACCUCCACUCACCAAAGUCUUAUCCCUAAUUCAACAACAGGAACGCCAUUCCCAGAUGGCAUCCACCAACCCUUCUCCUGACUCCUUGGCCUUUGCAGUCAUAAAAUCGUACCCAAACCCCACUAAAGCUUUCCCUCAAUCCAAACCCAAGAAAGACAGAGCAUAUUGUACUUAUUGUAAAAUCACUAGCCACAUCCUUGAUACUUGUUUCAAAGUCGGAAAUGCUGAGCCACCUAUAUGUUCCCACUGUAACAUGUCUGGACACACGAUGGAGAAAUACUAUAUGCUUCAUGGCUACCCACCUGACCAUAAAUUGUUCAAUAACACACAAGGUUCCUCUGUUGUUGCUGCUCAAUCUGCCUCAGAACCAGAGACUAUCAGUGAUGCUCAAGUGGGUCUCACUAAGACUCAGUACCAGCAACUUCUGGCUUUACUUCAACCUCGGGAGCUUUCCAUUGUUGUUCAGCCUUCUGCUAAUCAGAUUCAAUCCAAUUUGCCUUCUACAUCGACUCCUCACAUCUAUGAUAUAUCACUUUGUUUAUCCACUACAAACAUUCCUUGGAUCAUUGAUAUAGGCGCAACAGACCACAUGGUCUUCUGCCCCUUUCUGCUCACCUCCAUCAUAGCCUCUAUCUCUCACUCAGUUAGGCUCCCAAAUGGAACUAAUGUUCCUGUCACGCACACUGGCACUAUUCAAUUGGCAUCUUCCAUUUCUCUUAACAAUGUUUUGACCUUCUCUCAUGGACAACGAUUGGGAAAGGUGAAGUAA